AUGGGCCUCGUCGAGGCGGAGGAGCUGCGGCGUUUGGCCGCUGGACCACCGGUUUGGCAGGUGGCCUCCAACUGUCGUGUGCGGAGCUUGAACGAGGUGAACCCUCAGCUUUGGCUCGAUCGCUACAACAGGACCACAGCGGAGCAGGAAUUCCAUUCCGACACCUACCGGGAGAUUAGCUCGGGCGACAUCAUCAGCAAAAGAGUCGGCUGGUUCAAGGGGGACGCUGAGACAUCGGAUAUUGAUCACGAGGUGGCAGUCUUGACAGGGUCACCCCCUGUAGAGCCGGCAGCUGGUGAUCGCCGCGGUCCGAUGGGACCAAGCAAGUUAUCCUGGGAUGAAGGGGUUGGACGUGCCAUGGACAUGGAUGAACCGCCUGCGGGCGAGGAUGUGAAGGAACGUUUGGCUGAGCUUGGAGCCCGUGUGGGUGUUGGAGGCACUGCCCGUGAUGACAAGCCAAAAAGGGGCAAAACCAAGGUUGAUGAAGCUCCACCUACGGGUGAGAAACCAAAAGAAAAAGCAAAGAAGAAAACCGGUAAAAAGAAGAAGGCCCAGGAUCCUCAUUGGUUUGGCCGCCCUGUGUCUGAAUCUGAUGAAGUUGUCGGAUCGGACGAGGCUGGCUCUGAGGAGCAGAAUGACCUCGCUGACGAAGGAAGGACUACAGGACGAAAACGCAAGCCGACUCGAAAGAGAGGCAGCAGGAAGCUCGGCAAGCGGAUGAAGGGUGAAGACCGGGGACCCUUUGGAGUGGGUCACAAGGUCGAAUUCAAGGACUCGGACAGGUCAGACGAUGACGAUUCCGGGUCGUCUUUUCACGCGGGCCCCUCCACGAAGUCCCGGCAAUUGCAGCUUCAGGAGUACUCGGAGCAGUACCCCGGGCGAUUGGCGGCACGACUCCUGCAGAAGAUGGAAGAGAUCCUAGCUCGGCAGGAGGGGCCCUUGUCAUCGAAGGCCGAGCGAAACUUGACUCCAGCGACCGCAACCUCCUAUUUCCUGACGGUGCUACUUCCCCAAUACAAGGACAGAAUAAAUCUCAGGACGAGUCGGGAAAUAAGAACCCUGUCCAAGGUUCUGGAUCUCAUGGCAGUCGGAAACGUGAAAACAGCAGGGGACGUGGUCGCUCAAAGGAUAAAGUCCCUAGAGCUGUUCCUGGCAGACCAGGUGUGGGGAAGAGCGCAGCACCUGGAGCUCAUUCCGCCCGAGGGCGUGAAUCUUGUAGGAAAGGAUGAGACUCUGAUGGCGACAAAGGAACAGGAGUGGACAGCCAUGGUAAAGGAGCUGUUCAAGCAGAAGGCCAAUGUUCUGUGGUUGAAAGCUGUCAUUUGUGUCAUCAACUUCCAAUAUUGCGUGGGCUGGAGCAAUCCAGUAUGCGUGCCCAUCGACGAUGACCUGACAGAUGUUCAAAAGAAGCACAAGCCUUUGCCAGAAGAAAAGAAGUUCACGAUAGUUUACCUGGAUAACUAUGAUGAGAUUCAGGUCAUCAAGCGUUUGGACAUGGACAUGUCGAAAGAGGGUCAUGAGAUUUCAGAAGACCACCAGAAGUUUAUUGAUGCUUGUGAUUCGGCCCACCUACCAAGGAAUAUCGGAAAGCAGCUUAUCCAUGCUUUUGCAGGAGGAUUGCAAGGGGGUGAGCUUGAUGGGUCGCGUGGAGUACUGAAACUCCAAGCAGAGAAGCUGCGAGCAUACAUCGAGGUGAGCCUGUGUCUUCUUACCAAGAAGCGGUGGUCGGAGUUCCAAUUGAGGCAUUGGACAGGAAAAACUGCCUUUUUGGCGACCUUCAAGCGCUCACUGUUUUCGGGAAUGGCAAACAUUUUCACUGCAAUUGAGAAGGCAAGGGUUACUCCUGUUGGAGCAUCAUAUGAGGUCAUUGAUGAAAUCAUGGUUAUGAUGAUCGAGUCACCCCUGAGCCAAGUCGAGUUGCGGGCCAAGAUUUCCCCUGAGAUCAGUUGCACUGAUGCUUCGCCAACAGGUGGCGGCAGCGCAGUGGCCACAGAAUUCAAACCAAUGCCUGAUGUGCACGGGCCACCGGUGUCCGAUACUACACGCUGCAACGCCUGCCAUCACGACCUCCGAAGUGGUAAUGGACGUGUAACCUACCCGUGCCCUGUCCGCUGUGGAGCGAGCUUGUGCUCCGUUAAGUGUGUCAUCAGCCAUCGUCCCUCCGGGUGCGCCCGCGAUAUGUUCCCAGUACCAUUGUUUGGGGAACGUUUCAGUGGACCAAAUUUCCCCCUGACCAAGGCGGUGGCGUUGGCAGGGGUAGGUGUGCAACCACCCCUUGAUGUCCUUGUGAAAGAUGAUGCGUGGGACUACACCACAGAGGCCGGAAAAGAGCGUUUGGACGAAUAUGAGGCAGAUCCAGGGCUGAUGGCGAGCCAUUGGGCACCAAAGUGCAAAACUUUCUCAGCCGCGAGGGGUCGACCCGUCUACACCACUUCAGGAAGAUGGCUUCAAGGGCUGAAGGCUCUGCGAACAAGGGAUAAGCCCUGGGGAAUGGAUCAUCUGAAUCCGGCUGAACAGAUUCUGGUUCGGCGCGGUAAUGCAAUGGCAAAAAGAAGCCUGAAGGGGCUACAAGAUGCCUAUGAGCGGAAGAGGUUUGGUUGCCUUGAACAUCCGUGGGGUUCACACCUGUGGGCCACUCCCGAAGCCACGGAAUUUGCAUCAAGGCAGGGUAUGUUCCACACCUAUUUCUCUGCCUGUUGCUUUGGAGGUUCUCGGACAAAGUGGACAAGCCUCCUGCACAACGUCCCAGAGCUGCACGCGGCUUUGCACACACCCGUGUGCCCAGGUCACCAAGGCCUCUUGCCGUACGAGGUGCACGACGAGGAUGGAGUUCUCCGAUUUGAUACAGCGGCUGAGGCCGAGUACGCUUGGACGCUAUGCAAAGUGUACGCUGAGGCGUUGAGAGCAGCAUUGGCUAAGAGAGUGAGCGUUCCCUUUGGGAUUCAAGCCUGGGAUGCUAAAGCGGCCAUCCUUGCUGCUUUGAAGCGCUCCACCAGAGGAAUGCAGAGUGAUGGAGCAGCUGAAAAUGUCUGCCACGAGGUCCUCAACAUUUUGAAGACUAUGAAUGUUGGCCGUGAACAGAAGCACCUGAGGUGGCUUCUGAGGAAUAUCUGCAUUCGUGGGACCGAGGUCCGUUUUGAGUCAGCGAAAGAGGACGGGUCUGGAUCCUUGCUGGUCCCUUACCCCGCAUAUCGAUGGCAGUGGAAGACCAAGCUGUCUUACCCGUGGCAGCACACGCAGCACAUCAACGUGCUGGAAGUCUCCGCCUUCUUGGUGGAGUUCAGACGCCGGGUGCGCGAUGUGUCGCAGUUGGGCGCCCGCUUUUUCAAUGUCACUGACAGUCAGGUGACUUUCUUCUGCUUGUCCAAAGGACGAAGUAGUUCGGUGCGGCUGAACCGCCUGCUGCGCCGUGUCAAUGCAUUGAUCUUGAUGAGCCGAGCUAUGCCCUUGCACUUGUGGACCAUCUCCAAGUGGAACUUUGCUGAUGCGCCGAGCCGGCGCUUUGAGCAGUGA